UUUUGCAUUAUUUUUUCCUUCCGCCGAGGCUCCGAAGAGAAGAGAGGCAAGAACUUGACAGCGGCUCCGCUCCGCGCUCUUGAGGGCGCCUGAAUUCUUGUGAUUCCCUCUGUAUUUUUAAUUUUUCUUUUCGCCUCGCGUCGCAGACCUGCCCCCCUCCUCGCAGCGAGCGCUGCGGCCGCGUGUGCCGGCGCGGGGGUGACUUCUCGCUGUGCGCGGCUCCCUGCUCGGCGAGGUUAUGAUGGUGCAUUGCGCGGGCUGCGAGCGGCCCAUCCUGGACCGGUUUCUGCUGAACGUCUUGGACAGGGCCUGGCACAUCAAAUGCGUCCAGUGCUGCGAGUGCAAGUGCAACCUCACCGAGAAGUGCUUCUCCCGGGAAGGCAAACUCUACUGCAAAAAUGACUUCUUCAGGAGGUUUGGUACCAAAUGCGCCGGCUGCUCGCAAGGCAUCUCCCCCAGCGACCUCGUCCGCAAAGCGCGGAGCAAGGUGUUUCACCUGAACUGCUUCACGUGCAUGGUCUGCAACAAGCAGCUCUCCACGGGCGAGGAGCUGUACAUCAUCGACGAGAACAAGUUCGUCUGCAAGGAGGACUACCUGAGCUCCCCCGGCCUCAAGGAAGGCAGCCUCAACUCAGUGUCCUCAUGUACAGACAGGAGUUUGUCCCCGGAUCUCCAGGACCCCAUGCAAGACGACACCAAGGAGACGGACAACUCGACCUCCUCGGACAAAGAGACCACCAACAACGAGAACGAGGAGCAGAACUCGGGCACCAAGCGGAGGGGGCCCCGUACCACCAUUAAAGCCAAGCAACUGGAGACCCUCAAAGCUGCCUUCGCAGCCACCCCCAAGCCCACCAGGCACAUCCGGGAGCAGCUGGCCCAGGAGACUGGGCUCAACAUGAGAGUCAUCCAGGUCUGGUUCCAGAACCGCAGGUCCAAGGAGCGGCGGAUGAAGCAGCUGAGCGCCCUGGGCGCCCGCCGGCACGCCUUCUUCCGCAGCCCGCGGCGGAUGCGCCCCUUGGGCGGCCGCCUCGACGAGUCCGAGAUGCUCGGCUCGACGCCCUACACGUACUACGGAGAUUACCAAGGUGACUACUACGGGCCGGGAGGCAACUAUGACUUUUUCCCCCACGGGCCGCCUUCCCAAGCCCAGUCCCCGGCCGACUCCAGCUACCUUCAGAACUCAGGACCCGGCUCCACGCCCCUGGGACCCUUGGAGCCCCCCCUAAGCGGACACCACUCCUCAGAAAACCAAAGGUACACGGAUAUGAUCUCGCACCCCGACACCCCCAGCCCCGAGCCGGGCCUGGCGGGCUCGCUGCACCCCAUCCCGGGGGAGGUCUUCAGCGGGGGGCCCAGCCCGCCCUUCUCCAUGUCCAGCAAUAGCGGCUACAGCGGGGCCCUCUCGCACCCCAGCCAGGAGCUCAGCGAGGCGGCGGUGUGGUAGGCCUGGCCGCGUGUGCGUGCGUGCGUGCACGCGUGUGCGAGGGGAGGGGGAAAACACGCCCGGACUCCUCCGGCCCGCGCGUCCCUCCGGACCGAGGCACGGUUCGUCACCUCACCUUCGCCGGAUGAAGACCCUCCGAAGCCACAGCCGCCCUCCGUCGCCAGCCGAUGCCAAAACGCUCCUCGCAUCCGCCCCCGCCCGCCCCGUCGGCUCAGACCCCCCCCAGCAACCGGGACGCUGGGGGUCGUCCUCGGGACCUCGGUGCCCCCCUCACUACCUCCCCCUCCCGCUACCUUCCCCCAACCCGCGUGAUCGGGCGCUGGGGGCAACGAGACGUGCCAGGCCCUGAAGAAAACCUCCGCCGGCAUCGGGACCACCAUCUCCGGAACCAAAGCUGAACUCGCCCGGGCACAGGUCGCACCGCCCCCGGCAGUGACUGCGCCCCUUGGGGCUGCUUGGAAAGGGGGGGCUGCGUGUGUCCCAGGCGGAGGAACCCCCUCCUCCCCUGUGCUCAUUCCCAUUCUUUUUAAUUAUCCUCUUCCUUAGCCUCGGUUCAUCCCGAAUCGCGUCCCCGCUGAGGGGGGAGGUGGGAAUACAGGAAUAAAAAGCCCCCCCCCCCGCCGCCUCCCCCCGUGCCCCUGUUUCCGUUGUUCCCGUUUUAUCCCCAAGGAGAAGGCGGCUUUGGACCCGUUGCUCGGGGAU